CUGCACCUAUUAAAAAAAAACAGAGAGAGAGAGAGAGAGAGAGAUCUAAUCCUCCCCCCCACCAAAACACAGACAGUAGCUAAUUGCUGGAGCCUGCUGUCGCUUUGCAAGCACUUUGCUGGAGAUCUGGACUAUCCUAAAAGGGCUGACUGAUCAGGGAAGAGAAGACCUCUCCUCUCCAAAUUCUCAGACACAGGAGCCCCUCUGCUGAAAGCUCCAGGAAGGGGGGGGGAUCUGAACCCCUGCUGCUGAUUUUCAUUUCAUUAUUAUUAUUAUUAUUGGUUGUUUUUAUUUAUAUUUUUACAUCCCUCUCCUCCCCCACCCGCAACAAAUGCCUAGAAAAAACAGCAGCGGCACUAGGUAAGCCAGGUUCUUCAUGAACUUUCUCACUUGGAUUGGGGUUUAAAGGGAGGGGGUGGGGGGAAUCCUCCAGCCUCCCUCCUCUCCCUUCCCCCAAAUCCAUCCAGCAUUGGGUUAGAAUGUGUCUAGUUUCUGAUCAGUUUGAAGGGGGCUUGUUGGUGGGCUGGGGAGGAAUGAUGCGCCCUUGUCUUCCUGGGGCUGCAACCGAGACUGGUGGAUGUUAGAUUUCUCCCACUGGAGACAAGAUCCGGUCGUGGAAUACAUAGGGGACUUCCCGCUUUGCCCCUGCUCCCAUCCCCACUGAUAAAGGCAGAGAGGUUUCCUCAGACCCCCUUGAAAUCUGGCAAGCCCUUCCCUACACUCAAGAAACGAAAGAUUAAUGAGUUGCACAGUGGAUAAAGAGAGGAUGCGCUAGCCCGCAGCCAUGAAUGUCCAGCUGGGUUUGGAGAACACCGGGGACAUGUCCAGCCAAGAGCAGGAGCUCAUGCACGGCCAAGGCAGAGCCUUACAUUCUGCUCUCUCCCGACCUUCUCUGGUGGCCUCGGUGCUGGACGGCAGUGAGUAUCACCGAGCCGAGCACCACCUGGCUACCGCUUUGCACCCGGGGCUUGGCUUUGGUGGGGAUUCGCCUACUGGGGCUGCCAACAGCUACACCACCUUGACCCCCCUGCAGCCGCUGCACGAGAAAUUCCACCACCAGCACCAUCACCACCAGUGCUUGCCGGUGGGCAACGUGAUUGGGAGCUUCACCCUGAUGAGGGAAGAAAGGGGCCUGGGUUCCGGCGGUAACUUUUACAGCCCUUACCACAAGGAUCUUGGCAUGGGGCAGAGUCUGUCGUCCCUGCCCAGCCCUAACCUGACCCCCAUGCAUAGCUAUGGCCACUCUGCCGGACAUUUGGGCAACGAGAAGAUGGUGGCGGCCAAUAACUUCGAAGCCCACCCUGCCAUGUUUGGCAGGAUCGACCAGCACUUUUCCAGGGAGCUUUCCCCCUCCCAGAACUCCACCAUGGGAUCCCCCAACAGCAUGGGCCAGCACCCCUAUGGCCAUGCCAGGCCGGACAUGAAUUCCAGACCCAACCAGCCCAUCUCCACCCAAACCACCGUCCUCUCCAGCCAGCUGGAGGAGAUCAACACCAAAGAAGUGGCCCAGCGGAUCAUCGCUGAGCUCAAGAGAUACAGCAUCCCGCAGGCCAUCUUUGCCGAGAGGGUGUUGUGCCGGUCUCAAGGCACCUUGUCAGACCUCCUCAGGAACCCUAAACCCUGGAGCAAACUCAAGUCCGGGAGGGAGACUUUCAAAAGGAUGUGGCGCUGGCUGCAGGAGCCUGAGUUUCAGAGAAUGGCAGCUUUAAGGUUAGAAGCCUGCAAAAGGAAAGAGCAAGAGCAAAGCAAAGCCGACAGAAACCACGUCCCUAAGCGGCACCGGCUGGUCUUCACGGACAUCCAGCGCCGCACGCUUCACGCCAUCUUCCAUGAGAACCAGCGGCCUUCCAAGGACCUGCAGGUCACCAUCGCCCAGCAGCUGGGCCUGGAGCUCUCCACCGUCAGUAACUUCUUCAUGAACGCACGGCGCCGCAGCCUGGACAAGUGGCUGGAAGAGGGGCGCCCCCCGGCCUCGGGCACCCACACCUCCUCUGCCGUCACUUGCACCAAAGCCUGAGGGGAAGCCAGGGCGCCGGACAGGGGGCACCGCGCCAG